AAAAGAAAAAAAAACAUUAUCUCUGGGCUAUGGCAUAAAGUUGAAGAAGUAUUUUAUUUUUCCCUCUAAAAAGAUUCCCCAACACAGACGACACAGUUACUAGUAAACCCAAAGCAAGCAGAUCCAGAUCCCACCUUCAUCCUCAAGAUCUCGAUCUCGCUUCACACUGAUCUUUCAACCCAGUUAUUACUACUCGUCAAUAUGUCAAGAAGGCCAACUCGCCGUCUUACUGAUACUGGGAGCAUUCCAUUUGUGGGCUCCUUUCACCCCAAAUCACGUCCAUCUCCUUUAUUGUCCUUAGGACUUGUUGUGGGUGCAUUGCUGAUCAUUGGUUACGUGUAUCAUAGUUCAGGUGGAAGGAGUGCAGCAGAUGCUUUUAGUAGACUUGAAGGUGGUACCUCAUGCACAGCUGAACUUCACAGAGCAUUACCUGUACUGAAGAAAGCAUAUGGGGAUAACAUGCGGAAAGUGUUGCACGUAGGCCCCGACACUUGUUCAGUUGUCUCUAAACUAUUAAAAGAAGAGGACACUGAAGCUUGGGGGAUUGAACCAUACGAUUUGGAUGAAACUGAUAGCAACUGCAAGGCUCUUGUUCACAAAGGGAUUGUGCGCGUAGCCGAUAUUAAGUUUCCUCUUCCCUACCGUUCAAAGUCGUUCUCACUUGUCAUAGUAUCUGAUGCAGUGGAUUACUUGUCCCCAAGAUACCUUAACAAAACUCUUCCAGAGUUGGCAAGGGUGGCUGCCGAUGGUUUAGUUAUUUUAUCCGGUUAUCCUGGUCAGCAAAGGGUUAAAGGGGCGGAGCUGUCAAAAUUUGGCCGGCCAGCCAAAUUGCGGAGCUCAUCCUGGUGGAUUAGAUUUUUCAUUCAAACCAGCUUAGAAGAGAAUGAACCUGUAACUAAGAAAUUUGAACAAGCAGCAUCCAAGAGAUCUUAUAAGCCAGCCUGCCAAGUUUUCCACCUCAAACCACUUCUUCGUUGAUAAUAAAACACCUCUCUGUUUAAAAGAUGCAAAGCGUCUUCAGCUGUAUUAUAUGGCAUGCUCCAAGUGCUGAGAAGUUGACAAUUUUGUUGGAGGAAGUUGUUUCUGUAUGAUAGGCUUCAUGAAUAUUGUAUAAUAGGCUAGGAGCUUGCUGUCAAUUGGUAUUGCUCCUUGUAGCUGCAAAAAAUAGCUGGCUUAGCAUGUCCAAACCAGAGACAUUGUUUGAGAAUGAGUACUGUAUAAGCUACAUCAAAAAGUAAUUUAUGAUUCUUUUGUCAUAUUGUA